AAUAAGCGGGCGUGGACGUAUACAACGUAAACUAUGCAGCUUGAUCGUGGCGUUGGGGUUGAAGAGACUGCCGUUGCUAGUACAGAAACGACAAACACAACAUGAAGUCUCAAGAAAAUAUUUUUACAAAAGAUGACAUCGAGUAUUAUUUUGACUUCAUUUUCAAAUCAUUAAAUACAUUGGAUUUGAAAUUCAGUAUAAGCAAAAAAACUGAUGAAUUCAAGUUUCGUCAUAAAUUACCAACUAUUAUAGGAUGCUUAAUAGGACUAAUUAUAUUUUUCUUAGAAAUCUAUUUUAUUCGAGAUGCUUUGCAUAACCACACGAUACUACCGAUACAAAUUUUCAGCCAGGUCAUUUCCAAUUUUCAGUCAAUAAGCAAGGUUAUUCUGAUUGUAUACAAAGUAAACAAAAUACAACAAAUACUGGAAAAAAUAGGUGUUCUUUGGAAGACUUAUACGCCAGAUGAAGGUAAUCGAGCAGUGUUAUAUAAUACACUACAGCGUACUUUAUCCAUUUGUAAGAUUUACUAUGCCGUGUUGAUAGCAACUGUAUUAAUCUAUUACGUACAACCAAUAGUAAAUUUUGUGGGGCAGUAUGGAGCACGAAAUAGUAUCAACCACACUUAUGACUAUUCACAGACGCUUGUAAUAAUAAAACUUCCGUUUAAAGUAACUCAAAAACGCUACUUUUUUGUAAUUUCUCAGGAAGCGUAUUUAUUGUAUAUGAGUGGUGUGUACUGGGGUUGCAGCGAUACAUUUUUUGCCUGUUUUACUACGCAAAUAUGUUAUCAUUUUAAGAUUUUAAAGUAUCACACUAAAGCUUUUUUUGAUGAAAAGAAUAAUAAUUCUCGUUUGAAUUUAGUAACUUUGAUAAAAAGACACCAAGAGCUUUUGAGACUGUGCGUCUUGAUAGAAGAUGUUUUCAGCCCAAUAAUCUUUUCAACCAUAUUAUUUUCCGCGAUGAAUUUAUGCGUCAACGUAAUUGGAGUUCAAGAGACAAUCUUAAAUGGAUCAUAUCGACAGGCAGGAAUAUAUUUGUUUUUGUUCAUCAUCACAUUUUCACAAAUACUGUUCUAUUGUGCUUUUGCGGAGGCAACGAUGGAAGAGAGUCUACAUUUUUCAGGCCUGGUCGCUGGCUGACUUAGCUUACAACUUGGAAUGGACAUCAAAGGAUUACAAGCUUAGAUAUUAUAUCCAUGUGAUCAUUUUAAGAGCACAAAAACCAUUUCACUUUACAGCUUAUGGUUUUUUCCCAAUCGGAAUC